GAGCGGGAACGGGCGGGGGGAGGUGGCGGCAGCGGCGGCAGCGGCCCCGGUGCGGCGGGAGCGGGAGCGGGGGCGCCGCCGCCGCCGGCCGGGUCAUGCCCGUGCGCCCGGGGCGGCGGGGCUGCGGGCUGCGGCGGGAUGGGCGCGUUCCGGGCCGGCGUCCUCGCCUUCCUCCUCCUCCUCCUCCUCGGCUGCCUCCUGCCCCGGCGCGGCCCGCUCAGGCUGGUCUCAGGGCGGGAGGAGAUUAAAGCUGCUUCCCGAAGCUCCCCCCAGCCCAUGUCACCCUCCGAUUUCCUGGACAAGCUUAUGGGACGAACAUCAGGGUACGACGCCCGGAUUCGACCCAACUUCAAAGGUCCACCUGUCAACGUGACGUGCAACAUCUUCAUCAACAGCUUCGGCUCCGUCACCGAGACCACCAUGGACUACCGGGUGAACGUCUUCCUGCGGCAGCAGUGGAACGACCCCCGCCUGGCUUACCGCGAGUACCCCGACGACUCCCUCGACCUCGACCCCUCCAUGCUUGACUCCAUCUGGAAGCCAGACCUGUUCUUCGCCAACGAGAAAGGGGCCAAUUUCCAUGAGGUCACCACCGACAACAAGCUGCUGCGCAUCUUCAAGAAUGGCAAUGUGCUCUACAGCAUUAGGCUGACGCUGAUCCUGUCUUGUCCCAUGGACCUCAAGAACUUCCCCAUGGACAUCCAGACAUGCACCAUGCAGCUGGAGAGCUUUGGCUACACCAUGAACGACCUCAUCUUCGAGUGGCUGGAGGAGCAGGAGGCCGUGCAGGUAGCAGAAGGCUUGACGCUCCCUCAGUUCAUCCUCAGGGAUGAGAAGGACCUGGGCUAUUGCACCAAGUACUACAACACAGGCAAGUUCACCUGCAUUGAGGUGAAGUUCCACCUGGAGAGGCAGAUGGGUUACUACCUGAUCCAGAUGUACAUCCCCAGCCUGCUCAUCGUCAUCCUCUCCUGGGUCUCCUUCUGGAUCAACAUGGACGCGGCGCCGGCCCGGGUGGGCUUGGGCAUCACCACCGUGCUCACCAUGACCACGCAGAGCGCCGGCUCCCGUGCUUCCCUGCCCAAGGUCUCCUACGUGAAGGCCAUCGACAUCUGGAUGGCCGUGUGCCUGCUCUUCGUCUUUGCCGCCCUGUUGGAGUACGCAGCCGUCAACUUCGUCUCCCGCCAGCACAAGGAGUUCAUGCGCCUGCGCCGGCGCCAGCGGCGGCAGAGGAUGGGCCUGAGCAGCGGGACGGCCAGCCUGGAGUCCCUGCGGCAGCUGAGCGGCCGGCACGGCGGCGAGCACACCUACGCGACGCUCUCGCAGCUCUCCAGCUCCCGGGAGGAAGAGCUCGUCCGCGAGAGCCGCUUCUACUUGCAAGGUUACGGGCUGGGCCACUGCCUGCAGCCGAAGGAUGGGGCUGCGGAGGGCCCCAGCAUCUAUAGCCCCCCCCCGGCCGGCAUGCUGCUGCGGGAAGGGGAGAGCCUCCGCAGGCGCUACAUCGACCGGGCUAAGCGCAUCGACACCAUCUCCCGAGCCGUCUUCCCCUUCACCUUCCUGGUCUUCAAUAUCUUCUACUGGGUUGUCUACAAAGUGCUGCGCUCGGAGGACAUCCACUCGGUGCCCUGAGGCCCGGAAAAGUAUGACUGCCUCUCGGUCUGACCCCCGCAGUGACACCGGGCACCACGAGCUCAGCCAGAACCAUGUUUCCCUCUGUCCCGAAGCAGUGACGCAGCCGGGCUGGGCCUUGGAGUCCAGACAUGUUGUAGCCCCCAUGUCCCUUUGGAUGCCGGGGCCCCGAGGGGGGGAUCAGCAACGCCAGGUCCCCGUGGUUAGCUGGAGAGAGGGACCCCUCCUGCGUCCUGCAUGGUGUCACCCCCGGGUACCAGGGAUGCUGUGGUGCUGGGGGAGCCCCAGGUACCCAGGGAUGCUGCACUGCCAUGGCACAGGGGACUCCCCGGUAUUUUGGGAUGCUGCACAGCUGGUGGCCAGGGAACACCACCUUCCAGCCAACACCCUCCACACCUUCCAUGUCAGGCUGCUGCUUUUCCAGGCUGCAUCACUGAGCCAUGGGCCACGAGAAGCCAGGCGAGAGGUGCAGUCCUCUCUCCUCCCCUGGCCCGGAGCUCGGUUGCAGGAAACAGCAGGCAGCACCCCUGCCUGCACCCAGACUGCGUGGGGUGCUGGCUAUGGCCCCAUAGCCCCCAGCCCAGCAACAGACAGGGCCCCUCCAGCCCCCAGCCAGCUCCGACGCACAGCAAAGCAGCCAGUCGGGGAUGCUCCCCUCCCUGCAGAGCCCAGAGCUGCCUGUGAUGCCCGCGGCCGCAGGCAGGACAGCAGCAGGGACACUGGGCAGGAGGCUCCGCUUUCUCCAAGGAAACGCCGUCCCUGGGGCAGGCAGCAGGCGGGCCCGGUCCUGCUGACGGUGAGGGGACACAGGCGGCCAUGGCAGCCACAGAUGGGAGCCACUUGGCACUGGGGAGCCAGCACUGCACCGCCUGCAGGGUAGGGCCCACAGCUCAUCUUCCAAGAGAGAUUUUUCGGGAUGAAAGCAGUGAGGGCAGCUUGGCCGAUCCCUUCGGAGGAGCACAGUGAGUGGUGGCAUCCCCAGACUGCUGCGUUCCCAUGGCACCAGAGUGCCAGCAGAGAGCCGGAGGAGAAAACUGCCUCGUUCCCCAGCUUUCUCUCCACCCCAGAGCCCAGGUGUGGCAUCUCCUGGGGGGGGUUCAGCCCCGCUGCUCCUCCACCAGGGAGGAGAGAAUCCAAAACGUCGGCAGGACAAGCUCAGCAAGGCUUCCACAGCCCUCCAGACCUGGAUAUCCUCCGUGCUUAGCAGGAAAUAAAAGCAGUAGGUGAUGCUUAUGUAGGUCCUACAGAGAGAAAUGUGUUGAUGCUCUCCUUUCCUCCUGCUCACAGCCAGCCCGGGGGGGGUCGCAGCCCGGCAGCGUCCAUCCCCCCCCAGCCCCAGGUGGAGGACAGGGCCCAGGGUCUUCCAGGAAGCACAGAAUGGAAAUGGGAUUCACCCCUUUCCUUGGAGGCUGUGGUGCCAUCAUGGCACGGUGAGAACCCCAGUGACCCACUUGUCAUGGCAAAAGGGGCCCUGCAGGGCAGGGGGACGUGGGCGGGAGGCCAGCACCGCUUGAUGAAGCCAGACCAGGACAGAAACCCCCGCCAUGGCCCCUGGCCCCACUCCUUGCGCAAGCAUCACCUUCUCCCUUGCAUGACUCACUGGGCGCAAAGCUCCGCACCCCCACCCUGUGCCCAGCCCCCCGAACCCCGCAGAGCGCUCACCCGCAUGCACCCAUUUCACAGAUGGGGCAAGUGGAGGAGAACCAGCCCCAGACCACUCCCAGGACCCACCGGGACGGGCCGAGCCAGCUCCAUCCCACCGCCACCACCGUGCAUGCCUUCCCCACUGUGGGGGUCCCCGCGCGGCCCCACCGUGUGCCCAGGCCAGGCUUUCAAGGCUUGUUUUUGGAGAGGCCCCGUUUGGAGGCGGAGGAAGGGGUGCACCUUGUCUCCUCGUCUCGCCCAGCAUCCUGGGGGUAGCGCCGAAUGGGGAGGUGCCAGCGCCCCGGCAGCACCCGCAGGCACUGGGCGGCCGAGCCACCCUCUAAUAGCGGUGGAUUUUUAAACAGCAUCAAUCUUCCUAC